CGCCUCUGCUUUCUUCAUUGUUAAGCCAUGAUAUACUCCAUUAAAUAACCAAACAAAAUUCUAAAAAGCAAAAAAAAAAAAAAAAAAGAAAAAGAAAAGCAGAGCGUAUAAUUCAUAAUCAUACCCAUCUUUUCUUUAAACCAUCAUACAAUAAUGUAAGAUCUGUAUGUAAUUUACUUAACAUACAAGUUCUUUAAUUCUUUUUCUACUUCCUUCUUCAUUUUCCCACAUUUUUGUAUAAUAAUUUCAAGUUUGAAUAGUGAUUAAUUGAACGAAAUGAAGGAUUUGAAGAAGAAUAGUGUGUAUUUUCUGGUAUUUUUGUUGAUUAUAAUGUUGGGUAGAAGUAAUGGAGAAAGCCCAUAUAGAUUUUUUAAUUGGAAUGUUACUUAUGCUGAUAUUUAUCCUCUGGGUGUCAAACAAAAGGGGAUUUUAAUAAAUGGGCAAUUUCCAGGACCACCCAUUGAAGCAGUCACUAACGACAAUUUAAUCAUCAGUGUCUUUAAUUCCUUGGAUGAACCUUUUCUCCUCUCUUGGAAUGGCAUACAACAAAGAAGAAAUUCAUGGCAGGAUGGUGUAUAUGGAACCAACUGUCCCAUUCCUCCUGGAAAGAACUUUACAUAUGUCCUCCAAGUUAAGGAUCAAAUUGGUAGCUACUUUUAUUUCCCAUCGCUUGCUUUCCACAAAGCUGCUGGAGGUUAUGGUGGCAUCAGGAUCGAUAGCAGACCUUUGAUACCUGUUCCUUACGCUCCCCCGGCUGGUGACUUCACUGUUCUUGCCGGAGACUGGUAUAAAAUGAAUCACACUGAUUUACGAGCAACCUUGGACAGUGGACAUGAUUUGCCUUUCCCUGAUGGACUUAUCAUCAAUGGCCGCGGAUCAAAUGGAUAUACUUUCACUGUGGAUCAAGGAAAAACAUACAGAUUUAGGAUAUCGAAUGUUGGGAUAUCGACAUCAAUCAAUUUUAGGAUUCAAGGACACGAUUUGAUACUCGUGGAGUCAGAGGGAGAUCACACCCUUCAGAACACUUAUUCAUCCCUUGAUGUUCAUUUGGGACAAUCAUACACUAUUCUUGUUACAAUGGAUCAACCUCCGCAGGACUACUACAUCGUCGUUUCAACCCGUUUCACCUCUCAAGUACUUACUACCACCUCUACUCUUCAUUAUAGUAACUCAGCUACGGGUGUUUCUGGCGAUCCUCCUGGUGGGCCCACGACUCAGAUUGAUUGGUCUCUUAACCAGGCCAGAUCCGUCAGGCAAAAUCUGACAGCCAGUGGACCGAGGCCUAACCCUCAAGGUUCCUACCACUAUGGGAUGAUCAACACAACGCGUACCAUCCGAUUAGCAAAUUCUGCUCCAGUGAUAAAUGGGAAGCAGAGAUAUGCAGUAAAUGGUGUAUCUUUCAUCCCAGCAGACACACCAUUGAAGCUUGCUGACUACUUCAAGAUUCCAGGUGUUUUCAGUCUCGGAAGCAUCUCAGACAGUCCUAAUUCCGGUGGUGCAUAUCUGCAGACGUCUGUGAUGGCUGCUGAUUACCGAGCAUUUGUUGAAAUCGUGUUUGAAAAUCCCGAAGAUACUGUCCAGUCUUGGCAUAUUGAUGGCCAUGUUCUCUUUGUUGUCGGAAUGGAUGGAGGACAAUGGUCGCCUGAUAGAAGAUCGAGUUAUAAUCUAAGAGAUGCAAUUUCAAGAUGCAGUGUGCAGGUCUACCCGAAUUCAUGGACUGCAGUAUAUAUGCCUCUAGACAAUGUAGGAAUGUGGAAUAUAAGAUCCGAAAACUGGGCGCGACAGUACUUGGGUCAACAAUUCUAUCUUAGAGUGAAUUCACCUGCCAAUUCAUGGAGAGACGAAUAUCCGAUUCCUAGCAAUGCGCUUCUCUGUGGUCAAGCCGCAGGGCGCUCAACAAGGCUCUACACUUCCAAAAUGCUGCCAUGAGCCUAUAACUGUCACCAGCUGAAAGUAAAGUGACUACAUAUAUGUAUGGAUCUUUAUUGAUUCAUAGGCUUUUAUACUACUUCCUUACUUUUGUUAGUCUUCAAGUCUAUGGUAUUAUACUGCCUCUGCCCAGAUUUAGCUGCCAGAUUAUUGACUAAAUUAUUCUAUAGAUGUUUCAAUUAUAUUUGAUUGAGGAAGAAAAUCGGAUGCAGGAGUGAUUUUUCAAUAGUUUAUUUUGGAGAAAUCCACAUUAAUAAUCUAAUAUUUUGUUCGGUUUUGUCAAUAAUCCACCUUAAGAUUAUUUUCUAAUAACUUAACAUGUCUUUAGUUUGAUGUGAAUAAUUCAAAUUUUGUCUUAGUUUGCUAGCAGACUGACAGCAUACCCUAUUAUUAUCUAUUAUUAGUAAUAUGAUAUGUUGUGGAAAAAUGUAUGACAAAGGUUAGAUUAUUAGAAAAUAAUUCAAAUAUGAGAUUAUUCACUGCA